AUGGAACAUCAAUUAUUUAUCCACUGUGAAUCAUACCUCAUUAUCAUAUGCCGCCGGUGCAAGCACGCUGUGUGGCCAACAGAGAUUGAACGGCAUCUGAAAGGCAAGGCCCAUCAGCUAAAGCAUGCGGUGGUUCAGCAGAUAAAGGAGAACAUUGAACAGUGGGACAAUGUGGCUCGAGAUACUACACAGUUAACACUGCCCACAAUACUGAAUGAACCAAUCCCGGAACUACCCAUUCAUGAUGGCUACAGGUGCCAGCGGGAUCCCCAGUGCCAGUAUGUGGCAGGGAACAUGAACACCAUGCGCAAGCACUGGCAGAACAAGCACAGCUGGUCGCCAUAUCCCAGCCGUGGCCGUACAGCGCCACAAAAGCGUACGGCAGCACAGGAUGAGGUGGACAGAUCAUGCCAGAAGGUGCAGUUCCAGCAGAUAUUUGCAUCGCGCAAGGACUCCCACUACAUACAGAUCCAGACUAAGGAGACUACUGAGCAUACCGGCACGCAAGACCAGAACAGAGCCAGCCAGGCCAUUGAUGAGCUGGAGCGAUUUUACCAGGAACAGCAACGGCAGACCAGCAAUGUCAUCCAGGCCGGGGAGCACGAUGAAGCCAACCCAUGGCUGCGGCGGACCAGAUGGCCGGUGUACUUGACCAACAUCGCACCCAAUGAUCUGGUCAACUGCGUCCAGCGGCCCGAGGAUGACACCACGUGCCCAGAUGAACUGGCCGCGAGGGCUAUCCAACAGGUGGGGGUGGAAUGGACGUCCAUUCCAUUCAGGGUUAGAAAACCGACCAAUCAGAGCAGGGCAGAUUGGACGUACAUUCCAUUUGGUUUCAGACGUUGA